UCUCGCAGUGAGACGUGCUUGUGUUCCUUCCUCUGUAUUCCAAUUUAUUUUAGUUUCACAAAAUCCGUUGUGUGCGUGUGUCUGCUUCUAAAAUAAGUACGGUGAAAGGCAUUACCCUUGUCUUCAGUCGUGAAAAAAAAGCAAUUUUGACUUUGACACUUUGACAGAUACUUCAAAAUGGCGCUAAAGGUGCAAUGCGGUGUUUCCGCGGAAACGCAAAGCAAAGAAUUAUGAUUCGAAUGCGGUCAAAAACUGUUAAAAAAUGAUAGUGAGUGUGUAUUGGUAGUGCUCGUACCGUAUCAAAUAUCUCCAUCCGUGCAAUCUCCCAAAAAUUGUUUUAAACGUGUACAAACCGUAAUGUUGCGUCGAUUAAAUUUUUAUUCAAUAUGUUUCGCGUUCGGUCUCAGUGUUCUCCUUAUUCUAGCUGGAAGUCGAUAUACAGAUAACACAAAUUAUCGUCCGUCCACUGAAAGCCGCAGGAAUAUUAGAAACUACUUGAAAAUUGAAGAUGGAGAAAACAACUCACCACAACCAUUACCGACAAACCCAUAUGAUGGCUCGCCGAAUAUUGAAAAGAUAUUAGAAAAAACAAGAACCAAAGUUAAGUUGGAUUUAAUUAAUUACAACUUCACAACUUCUGGGGUCCAGAAGUUAGAGGAUUUGUUGAUUGAAUCAGGAGGCAAUCCAAUAAGAAGUCUUAUUAUUUCGACCUGGCGAUCGGGAACAACGUUUCUCGGUGAGGUGUUGAACACAAUGCCAGGUAACUUCUAUCACUACGAGCCUUUGUUAAACUUCAACAUAGUACAGAUCAGGGGGCCUCCUUAUUCAGACAAAGCCUUGAGCACUAUCAAGGGUAUGUUUUAUUGUAACUUUAAUAAUAUGGAGGAGUAUUUUGAGUAUGGGAAAGUGCAUUUGCACCAAUUCAACCAUAAUACAAGACUAUGGGACCAUUGUAAAUAUAAGAAGGAGCUGUGUUUUGAUGCUAACUUCACGUCAAAGUUUUGUAAGCUGUUCCCCUUCCAGAGUAUGAAGGUUGUCCGACUAAGGUUAAGACUUGUACAGGAGUUGCUUGACGACAAACAACUCAAUUUAAAAGUGGUGCUGCUAAUCCGUGACCCUCGUGGUGUGAUGCAGUCACGCAAACACCGUGACUUCUGUAAGCCAGCACCGGACUGCUGGAGGCCGGAGCUCCUGUGUGCUGACAUGAUCAGCGACUAUGUAGCAGCCGGGCGCUUGCUGCAGCAAUAUCCUAAUAGACUUAUGGUAAUAAGAUACGAGGAGUUGGCACUAAACCCAAACAGCACAGCGCACAAGCUUUUAAAAUUCUUAAAGUUGAACCCAACGUCGUCUUUCGAGGAGUUUAUUCACUCCCACACAACUCUUGACGUAGCCGGUGUCAGUUCUACCUUCAGAGUAUCACGUGAAGUGCCUUUUAGAUGGAAAAAUGUCCUAAGCUUCAAUAAUGUUGAAGAAAUACAGCUGGCAUGCAAGGAUGCGAUGGAUCUUUGGGGCUACCGAAUGGCUCACAACGCGUCUCAUUUGGCCAGCAAAGAGUUUAAUCCCCUGGAGCCAUUCAAAGUGACCCAAUGACUCGAUUAGGGUUGUCUUCGAUGAAUACCUAAAUCGCGAUGUACAUCCGUGAACUGACAUUUCUACAAUGUUCCCCUACUGUCCUGUACUCUACUCUUGAUCUGAUAAAAAACCAAAACUAAUACAUACAAUGAGUGAUCUGUUACAAAACCAAAACAUAAACAAUGAUCUGACAAAUUUCUCAAAAGCUAGUUAGUCGUAUAUUUAUGAUUGGCGCUGCAUCUCAAAACUCAGGUGAUAUUGUACUCUGUAGUUAAUUUAAUUAACAAUUUACGUAAAUACUCAUGACUUAUUUUGACAAAAUGUGCAAAAGAUUGUUUAAAAUUUUAUAAGUAACUUAUUUUACCAAUAUUUUUUUUUUUAGUUUUAUUGGAUGUUUUUCUAAAGACUGAUUGUAUUUCCAACUAUUCCUUAUUCUUCCAUAUACAUACAUCGAGCAUUGUUCCACUAGAAUGUUUGUGCAUUUGACACUCCAAUGAUCAAAAUCAAUUGAGUUAUAGUUAGUGAGUCUGGUUGUGUACUGCACCGUGGGUGUGUCAAUAUAUCAAAAUGUAAAAGAUGGACCAUUAAUUGUUUUAGAGGUCAAAAUCGCUUGUACACACAUCACAAGUAUAUAAAUUAUACAAAGGUGUUUACAUGGUGCCUGCAAGCGAUUUUGACGUCUAAUGAUUUAACGCAUUUUAAUUGUUAAGCUUAGGCGAUUUAAUAUUUUUAGCACUCACGGAAUUGACGAAUUGUUGAUGCUUCCAUUGUAGACACUCGAUUAUAGUUUUAGUGGUGCAUAAUUUCGGCGUGUCCUACUAUACAGGACGGCGUAACAAAUGUAGAGUUAGCAAAAAUUAGGUUUAAUCAAUGUAAUAAAGUUUUAUGAGGGUUUGGUGGACGUGCAUGGUUUUCCAGGCCACGGUAAGCUAACUGCCAGUAGAUUUGUUUGAUAGUUAGUGAUUAUCUCUUUUUUUGCUAGCUGUACAUUAAUAAGUAUACGUAGGAACCGUGGAUUUCAUAGGUAUAAAAUAUUAAAAUUUUGCUUUUAAUGUAGCUAUAGUUUAAAAUUGUGUGCUCAUUUUAGCCGCACAGUAAGUCAGACUUAUUUAAUGGAUCUUUAUAAAGGCCUAAAGGGAUUGUUAGUGGUUUAAAUUAUAUGUUAUUUGUAUUUACUUAAAUAUGUUAUUCUUUUAAAUAUUGUUUUACUUAAAAUGUUUUUGAUAGUAAGUAAAUAAUGAACAGUAUCUGCUUUGAGAAUGUUCCUAAAAAUAAUAAGUGCUACGAAUUAUAAAACGUUACAACUAGAUAAUAGACUGUGCUGAUAAAAUGAUCGCAUACCUCCAGUAAGCUUACAUUAGCGUAAUACAAGCGUUUUGCUUACGAUGGGCAAUUGCUGAUUUAUAAAACACCAAGAUUUGAACACCAAUUAUACAAAUUGUAAGGAUAGUAUUCAAUUGUUACAUAAUAUGGUACAUAGCGGAACUUAAUGUCACUGAUAUCCUAAAUAUUGACAUAUUCAUACUCAAAAGUUGACUCGUACGUCCGUCCAUGCCUUAUUGUCCAAGAAAUGUAUGACUUGGACGUCCAAUUCCUUGUGAGCGGUGGAAGCGUAUGGCAAUACUUCUGGUUAUACCAGCUAAGAUAUAAUAUGAAUCUCGUUUUACAAAUUAUUCAGCACUGUGCCGAUUGAUAACAAUUUUAACGAUCGAAUGAGCGUGGCAUGGUGGAAAGUUUUCAUGCUAUUAGUACAAUUUUAGUUGGGUUCGGAUUUUAUCAUUCUUACUGCAGUUUAGUUCAUUUAUUAGUCGUUGAUAGUAAUACAGAUUGUAUUUUGUAUUCCAAAUUAUUUUACAGAGUUUGAAUCUAAUCAAUAUAACUUUAUUUAAAUAAUACACCAUGUCACGCCCAAUGCCUAUUUGGUAGAAGCUGAUGAAAAGCCAAGGAUUAUUGAUAUUCCUAGCUCAGUUGAAGAAUGCUUUAAAAAUAGUAUUACUACUUUACUCCAUGACAUUAAUUUACAGAAAUUAUCCAACUCGUUAAAGCAAAUCACGAGCAAGUUUGACUUGAUAAAGCUCGUAAUAGGUGCCUAUACAAUAUUAAGUUUACCUAGAUUAGAUGUAUGGUGGUACAGCGUUAAGUAUUGCCAACUUUCAUAGCUAUACUCGACAAUCCUGACGAGGUAGUCUACACCUUGCGUGUAUCCGUCAAUUUUAUCAUAAGUUAACCUAGAGCUUAUAUGCAGAUAGUACAUAUUAAACCAUUUUCAAACGUAAAUUGUAGAGGAUACGGUACGUUAGGCCUUAACUUCGAGCGAAGAAUGCACAUAAUCACGUAUUGUUUAAAUAUGCCUUGCAUAAAAUUAUUUUGAAAUGGUGCACCUUUAUUUAUUUCGGUGUGUAUAACAUAUACAAGAAUGGGCACAAUACCCAUAUCGUGAAGAGAUCGUAUACGUUGAUAAGUAUGCAAUACUGAGCGUUCCUCAAAAUAAUAUUUACAAGCGUAGCAUUUAUUAAUAUUUCUUGUCACAUUUACAUUGGAAUAUUGAUGCUUAAAAAAUGCGUAAUCUCGCAAAUGGGAGAGUCCUCGUCGCGUUCCAUGACAAUAACAUUUUCAUAACAUAAAGGUGCUUUCACAUCGCAAUUACUUUUUGUAGAGCAGCGGUUUUAUAAUUCGCGACUGUAAAAUUAAAUAUAUUGCGUGUAUCUUGUAGCAGACUAGCACUUAGCAGUGAUCAUUUUAGACACUUAAUUAACUGACUUUGUAUUUGGAGGAACGCUUGCGCAAAAAAAAUGCUCGCAAUACAAGUUCAUUCACCCCAAUCUUAUAUAAAAUCUUCUAAGUUUAGCUUGUCCGCCGUUUAUUCGCGUGCCAGAUGACCUAUUACAACACAAUUUAUUUGGAAAGUGUUUUCUAGAGCUUUUAAAACUUACACCGUCUCUUUUAUCUGACCACAAAACGUACUGCGAAAUGCCCUUAUAUGAGCAGAUUUAACCCUUUUAUAUUUACCCAUAACCAAGUAAAAUUGACUGUCUACUUCAGUGUUCCUGAAUUGAACAAGCAAAUGCUCUUUUCCGCGAAUUAAUAGGCAUCUUCAGGGCAAGAUCGUUUCAAAGUUAAUCGUAUUUGAGUGUGAGAGUGAAAAAAUGCAAGCCUUUUCAAGAAACUUGGAAGCUAUUUAAUGUUUAAACUUAUUAAAAACUGCAUUAUAAAAAGUGAUCGCGAUGUAGACACCACAAUACCGCCGUGUACAUUGCAAUAAGUCAUGUUGCAUUACACCGGUUCUUCCUUGGUGGAGGCUUAAUCCAACAAACGGAACUAUAAUGUAGUGAGAAAUCAUUAAGUGCACUUGAUUAUAAGGUAGAAUUAGGGAAAAACGAUAAUUUAAAAUUUGAAUGUAUUAAUUUCUGCGAUACUUCCAGUGUUAUUUGGUUGACGUAGCGUAUUAUAGUGUAUUACUAGGAUAUCGAGUCGUUACUAUAAUAUUUGGGUGUGUAUUGGUUAACGUUUUGUCGUAAAUAGGAAUAUUAUGGGGUCUGCUGUUGAAUCGAGUCAGUUAGUGGGAAAGACGAGGUGCAAAUUCGAAGAAGAGCUGUUUAAAGCAAAGAAGUAUUACUGGACAAGCUACGCAGGAAUUAUGUCACAAAUAACUCCUAACCAUGUUAACAAAAUACGCAUUGACCGAAUUUAUCGGUCUCAUUAAACGAUAUGAACGUUAGUUUGUUGUCUACUGCCCCUCGUUUCAAACAGAUUUAAUGAGCUGUAGUUAGUUAUCAAUUAUUUAGUGACAAAUAUUUGGACAUCGCCUAUGGUUCUACCGCUCAGUUCUAGGUACUGGGUAAUCGUUUUCGGCGGUACUGCUACCAGGGAAAAACGAUUGGUAGUAUAAAAUUUUGAUCUUAGUUCUGCGGGUAAGACUGAGCAGUAAGGGCCACAAGCUAUUAAAGGUCUCAGGUAUCAGUGCAGCCUGUCUAGUUACUUACAGACUAUGGCAAUUCAAACUAACAGUAUGGAAUCUCACGUUUUUUAAAAAUAGCAUCUUAUUCAGUAGUUAUAAUAGUUGCUAGUUUGCAACAGUGUUUAGGCUGGUGUGCUUUCGUCUGUACAUAAAAUUAGCCUAACAAAUUUCCACACCUCGCGCUGCCCCACUAACUGACUCAUCAUACGAACAAAUUAUAGCAGCUACUAAAUCUCAUUUACACAAAUCAGCUCUCUUGAUAUUAUGGUGAUAAAUAAUCGAAAUAUAAUUUUGAAUUGACAUACUUAUACAUUAGUAUUAAAAAUACUUAAUAAUAUUUACUAUACAUACAAUACCUACAGAGUGUAUUUCUGAAAGGGCAAUAAGAGCAUAACCGUUGUAGCUAAAGGAAAAUGUUCGUACAAGAUUGGAUUAUUUUCGACAGUAUUAAUCGAUUUUAGAAUAAAAAAUAAAGAGUCUAGGGAGUUUAAAAAAGUUUUAUCAAAUUCAAAUUAUUUCUUUUCAAAAUGUCUCAAUAAGUUAAAGACAUUAUCGUUAAUACGUUAUAAUAGCUAAGGUUGCCCUUAUUUCCCCAUCUCAAAAAUACACCCUGUAUAAAGCUGAAAGUACACAUGGGUGUAACGUGAAAUUCAGAAUUCCACGCUACAUUUAAGUGACGUCAAUUUUACAAUAAAGCUUACGAAAUGUCAAUAAAGCCAUCAAUUACUAAUUAAGAUAACAUGCUUCCUGAUAGAUCUGACAAUAUAUUAAUAUAUUCAGUUAUGCCUUAACGAAAUAUUUGUAGUGAUAAUAGGUAAGGUUUAUUAUUGAAUUGCAUGUUAGUCAUUUAAAUACAUAAUAAUUAUUUAUAAUGAAAGUUCUGGUGGCUGGCUGGACCCAGUGGUAGAUUUUUUAUCAUAUCAUUAGCAUAUCAUAAGGUAUACAUAAAUGUAAAGCGUUAUUUCGCUGGAAUAAUGCUAAAUAUUUCGAUUUAUUUAGAGGAGCCGUAUGCGCUUGUCGGUUGUAUUCUUUAUAUAUUUUUGCUUUGUAAUGUAUUGCUUUCGGUUGUGUUAGAGGUUUCAUUGACAGCCUAGUAACUUUUCAGUAUUCAUAGAAUUAAAAGUAAAUUAUUAAUUUAAAAAUUCGACUCAAUUAGAUGAACAAUUUAAAUGAUUUAAGUUACUAAAGUGUGUGGUCUUGUGGAGGAUAGAAUUUAAAUUAUAUUAUUGUGUUUUAUGUUCAUGAAUUUCUUAUUAUUAUUAUAAAAUAAUAAGCAAUAAUGUAGAAGGUUUCGUGCAGCAUGUUUUCCAAUGGCUAAUAGUUAAGUUUCAGAUAUUACAGAACAGUUAUGUUGUCAAGGAUAAUAAUAAAAUAAAAUAGUUUGUAAUAAUAGUGAUGAAUCGUCCAUUAAAUUCUUAGUACAGGCUUUAAUCUGUUUAGUCGUCGGUCCAAUUUAUUGUAGGUACCUAUUAAAGUGCAACAUUAUUAUCAGUAACAUUAGCUAUAACAUGUAAACCAUUGUUUGCAUUAAUGAGAGCUGUUUAAUUAACGGGGAAUAACCCUAAGUUAAAACACAAUAACAUAUUCGGGGAUUUUAGCUUAAAAUUAAAACAAGAUAUUUUUUCAGUAACAGUUGACAUUGUAUUUUAGUAACUACAAUUAUUUCUUUGUUAAACAAAAUGGAUAUGAAUAACAAUAAUAACAUUGUAACUUUAGUUACACGUUUUUACAAAAAAAACCGACAGUAUUGUAUAGCAUGACAAUUGUAAAGACUGAUGGUUAUUAUUUUAUUUUACUUUGUUUGUAUCUAAAAUACUGCAGCUUUAUUUAGUAAAAAAACGUUUUGAUAUUUACCUCUUGAGUGUCGAAUUUUAAACAAUUGACGGUGGAAAAUUUAAUCAUUCUAUUUCGAUCUUAAAACCAGAAGCUAAGGUUCAAAAUAGGACAGCCGCUAUUCUUGCUUCCCAAAGGGUAUUCCCAUUAAGCUAUCCAGUUUUAUCUUCCAAAAAUGUUGCCUCGUUAAUAUAGUAAUUUGCAGUGCCUGAAGUAACAGUAGCUAUAGAGUAAAGUAAACACGGUCCAAGUAUUCAGACUUGCUGCACGAAGACUUAGCUGGCCCAUACUUAAGGUUGGAAGUGGUAGAAUUUAAGGGUAGCCUUAUUAGAAUAAGAGUUACGAUUGAGAAGAAUAAGAAUGUUGAAGUUUUACUCAGUAGACUAGCACAGCCGGCGUUAAAAUUGCAAACAUUGUAUGUAUUAUCUUUUUUUUUAUUUCAAGUUAAUAAAGUUACAAUAAAUUGAUAUAA